AUGACUGUUCCAAUGCUGGCCUUCAUUAUCUGUGGGCUGUUAACUCAGAUAGCCAAAGCCAGCUGGGGGGAACUAAAGUGCUGGAAAAAUGACUUGGGGCGCUGCCGAAGACGAUGCCUAGAUAAUGAAAGAUACAUACGUCUUUGUAAGAACAAGGUGUCAUGCUGUAUUCCCUGGCGGUUAUCAUAUGAAUUCACUCCAAGACCACCACCCCCCUUCAUCCAGCCAGAGGUCGUCACCAUUGAUUUCAGUGAAUGGACCCCUUUUCCUGUUUCACCGAAUCUACGGGAUACAUUCACCUUUAAUGAAAAUGAGCCUGGUGUAACUUUCUCUGUGACUAAGGAGCAACAUAUUCCUACGACUGUAGAACACACUCCUCCAGCAUAUGUUUUUGGAACUGUUUAA